AUGGUUCGCGUUCGACCCCCAAAACCACUGGUCAGAGCUCGCAAGUCGCUUCCUGCUUCUGGCGGAGUCAUGAACCCAUCGCCGAACCAUUCGCCAACUUCUGCUCCUGUGUCUGUCCAGACCACUCCGACCCGUCCGGCACCAGCUUCCCGUCUCGCGGCUGCAGCUCAGCGCUCGAGCUCACGCCCUCGCGAUUCGUCUCGAGUGGCAAGACGCUAUCUCUCCGGGAUUGAGCGCCCAGCUGACCACCGGGCUAGUGCUCCACGACGCACGGAGCGGGUUUCCCACCCGGCUCCAAGCAAAGAAUACAACCCGUGUAACUUGCCAGUUGCUGUGGCGGAGCCGAAGACCAAGACAACCGCCAAGAAGCCGAACAAAACGGCCAAGAGCGCCACGAUCAAAAAGACCAAGAAAUAA